UUUCUCAUACGCCUUCAAACAGCAGCAAAUUUCCAUUUGGAUAACAAACGCAAAGCAUUGAUUUCCAGGCUAUACUAAUCGAGCGACAAUCGACCGGACAAACAGCUGCAGCACAGACUUAUGAGCCGAAUGCCGAUUAACGCAUCGAGCAAAAAUGGCGGAUGACAAGGAUCCUCUGAAACAGUUAAGAGAUCUAACACAGCUCAAAAAUCAGCUGGAGGAGAUCCAGAGACGAGUGGAGCACGAAGUAUCCGCAGGAAUUCCCCAGGGUGGUUCAGUGUUGGGAUCGCCAUUUUUGAAAGGCUUUUUGGCCGGUUAUGUGGUGGCCAGACUACGUUCAUCUGCCUUCUUGGGAGUACUGCUGGGAACAGUCACUGGCAUGUAUGCAGCGCAGAACUAUCAAGUGCCCAACAUUGAAAGGACCUUUAAGGAGUACAUGAACAACUUGAAGAAAGGACCAAAGUAAUCUAGGGUGACUGUUUGUCUUUCCAGUCACUUUAAAGAAGUACUACUCUUGGAGCUCCCGGCUCGUUAUAGAUCAGGACUUUUGCGUAGACUGGAUUAUGGAUGUAAACAUUUAACUCAAAUUUUACUGGGGACUGAAUUCUUGCUUCUUCUUUCUUUUUUUUUCUUGCAUUUUUGUUGUGAGGGAAGUUACAUGCUACUGUUCCACUUGUAUCUGUCCAGUGUUAACUCUGACCUUGGCCCUUUAGAUUUCAUGACCUGUCUUAGUUUUGUUCCAGCUGUUUACACCUGUCAGAUUUUGAAGUAGUCAUAUAAAAAAAAUUGAAAA